UGAGAGAAUCACUGCGACUGCCUUGGUCGGCUGUAUUUCAGGUAUAUACAGGAUGUGGAUCCAGCGGCUGACAUCAGCGAACGAGAGUCAGAUAGCUCGUAUCGCUGAUAUCUGGAAUACUACGUUGAAAGAUGGUAAGCAGGCUUGCCCCUUUCCCCGUCGUGUGACAGCUGUCCCUGGAUUUCAUGCUUCGACUGGAGAGAGGAAGUCUGACUAACCUGAACCCUAAAGCGUGGCUCAUCCAAGCGGGCAACGCAUUUCAUGGCGAUGUCAUUAGACGGACAUUCCAGGCUCGAGCAAAGAUCGGUACGGACGAUGGUUUUGUUUGGGUCAUUGGGCAGAAAGAAGGCGAUAUACAAGGUGCAUUGCAUGCGCUUCCACCUGGAUAUACCUUUGGACAGAGUAAGAACCAUCCUGAAGGUAUACCCUCUUUCAAAGAGCAGAUGGAUCCUGAAUUGCGCAAGUGGAAGGAGGAUACGUAUCUUCCUUGGGUGACUGACGCGUUCCAUCGAGGGACUUUGAAGAAGAACACAUCGGUUAAGGAGUCGCUAUAUCUCAGCGUACUGGGUGUGGAUCCUUCCACUCAACGUAAUGGCUAUGGUAGAGCAUUGGUCCGCACAAUGCAGGAAGAAGCAGCGAGCCUAGGUGUUCCCUUGACGUUGGGCUGCGGCGAGGAAGACACGGUCCGUUGGUAUCAACGUCUAGGAUUCGAAGAGACAUUGAAGGAGACUAUACAGAUCAGAGGGGAGAAUCAGACAGCACAUGUGCUCGUGUGGACGCCGAAGAGCUGACAAACGGAUCACGGCUGAGCGAGGCAACCGAGGACCGGAUCGCUUGCCGCACUUCGUCUAUCACACCGAUCCCCUCCUCUGUUCUCCCCCGCCCCGAUGACAUUUAUCUUUCAGACAAUGUACAGUAGGACUGUGCGUAUGGGUCCCUGUCAUCGUCACACCAUGCCCUCGACUCAGUGAAGAGCAUGUACCCAGUGUUCACCUCGCUAGCUGCCCUCGACGGAGAUUCCAGUGACUUAUGAAGGUUGCACGACC